UCUUCGGCGAACCCGUGCAAUGCUUUGGAAACUUGCUGCGAUGCGGAAUUCAGGGCUACACGGCGUUGCACUGGGCGGCUAAGCACGGGGACGAGGACAUCGUGAAGCUGAUCGCGGGUACCUACAAGGAGUACAUCAAGAGCGUUAAUGAGACGACGAACGGGGGAUACACGCCUCUGCAUAUAGCGAUGCAGUUCGAUCACGAGAACAUCUUCAAUCUGUUGGUCCAGGUGUACGGUGCGAACCAAGAGAUACGCGACUACAGCGGGAAGAAGGCGAGACAAUACCUGGUCUCUCAGGAGGCCGCCGUCAGUCAGGACACCUUCCGCAAAAUAAAAGCAAGGAAAAAGCAUGCAGAGAAAGAACCUGGUUUCCUGCGAAUUGGCUCGCUGAACGUACGCGUGAAACGUACGACGGAAGCGUUCAGCCAGUUCCUGGGUGUGGCAACUAGCAGCGCCAGCAGCAACCACGAGAAGAUACACAAGAACUGGGGAUCGGCGGAUAAUGUGCAGUUCGACCAAAAGGUGAUGCCACCGCCGAAGUACGCGCCGAUAAAGAAGAGGAGAAGUCGCCGGGCACAAGAUUUUGGAUCGUCGCGAGACCAUCAGGUCGCCAGUCAGCCGAGCACGCCGCUUCCGCAAGGCAAGGUUUCACGAUCGAGCCACUCGGUCCAUCGUCGGCCAACUUCCACCACCGCUGUCAGCUCAGCCGUGUCCAGAACGCAGCAGAACAACGACUCCGACUCCGAUACCGCGUGCGGAUUCGAUUCCGCGUGGAGAGGAUCCGCACAGCUUUAGGGCGAAUCCCUCCCACUUAGUUGCGUUUCACGUGUCGCGAAUCUCUGAGGCUCCUAUUGAAUCACCGUGUACCUUGCCUUCUGGUCUUUUUGUAAAUGAUAACGUCGCAACUGUU